UUUUUAAUCCAGGCCAUCAUGACCAUCAUGACCAUCAACAUCUCAAAACCAGUGUUCUAGAUAUUGGGUCUCCUCUGUUCUUCAACUUCCAUUGUUUCAAUGACAGCUAUUAUUCAAAUCUCCAUCAAUUCCUUAGCUUUCAGAUUGAGCAGUUUGCAGAAUGACACAUGCAACAAACCCAUCAAGUAUUGUGUUCUACCCAGAACAAAGAUUGCUUCUUUGAAGCUCAUCAGGUUCAAGUUGAGAGCUUCUUGGCGGAGUGGGCCUAUCAGUGGAGAUGGGAUUUUGUUGAAAGAUGAGGGGUGGAAUAGGAAGAAGAAAAGAGAGGUUGUGGUGAGGUUUAACCAGGGGUUUGGGUUCAAUGGUGGAGGAGGUGGUGGUGGUGGUGGUGGUGGUGGCGGGAAAGAUGAUGGAACCACUGCUAGAGUGUUGGGUAAUAUAGCUGUGGCUAUUGGGUUGACUUAUCUUUCAUUUACUGGGCAGCUGGGUUGGCUUUUGGAUGCUAUUGUUUCCAUUUGGCUCUUAGCAUUUCUUGUGCCAAUUGUUGGUUUGGGUGCUUUUCUGUGGUGGGCAGGACGGGAUAUUGUUCAAGACAGUUGCCCAAACUGCGGAAAUGAUUUUCAGAUUUUCAAAUCUACUUUAAAUGAUGAUAUGCAGCAGUGCCCAUACUGUAGUCAACCUUUCUCUGUGGUGGACAACAAGUUUGUAAUGGACCCAGUGAAUUUUUCUAAUCGAUCUGCAACAUUUGGCCAGGCAUUUAAUGACUACACACGUUCAAAAACAGGGAAGAAGGAUUCUUCUACGGCAGUUGUUGAUGUUGAAGCAGAAGUAACAGAUGCAGACUGAGUUCUCUUGGAAUUAGAACUCUUGUUGAAAAUGGUGGAAAACUAGUGAUGCUUAAUAGAUAAUCUAGUAUUAAUGAUAAUUAUGAUAUAGAAUAGCGAGAAAUAUCACCCUAGAUAAUUUGGAAAUAGGGUUGUAAUCACAACUUGUCUACAAUGGUAAUGUGAUGCUAAAUUGGGAUAUGGUAGAAGUAAAAUACUAAACGCAGAACCUUUCAGUAGUGAACUGGCCAAAGGGAUAUUACAACUGAGCAAACUAGCAUCACAAGUGUACAUCAUGGUUUGGAUUUUGCGUCAUGCCUUGUAUAUUAUUUCAUGAUGAGUAUUAUUUCUUUCUGUUUGUAUUACUUUAUAAUCAUAUCAAUUUUGAGAGGAAGCGGAGGAAUUUUGUUGAUU